AUGAACACAUGGAAGGGGCUUCCCGCUACGCGGCCCCCGGACCCAGCACCUGUGACCCCCGACUCCACAGUGACCACAAAGGCCCUAAAGAGAGACUCCUGGCUGAACUCCAGGCCACCAUACUGUCGGCCAAAAUCUGCAGAGAAAUCCGGGGACUAUCAAGCAGAAUGGGGACCCUGGAGACCAAUGCAGGGGAGCAAGCCCAACAAAUCACCUCUCUACAGCAGAAGAUCAAAGAUCUGCAGCACCAAAACGAAAG